AUGAAGAAAAAGCCAGAUUUCAUUCAGCUUUGGAAUCCAGUCAUUUCAUUUUGUCGAAUUUACGCGGUUAUCCCUUUGAGACAAUCCGACAAGGAACCCUAUUUCGAGCGAUGCUCCGGUUCACUUUGUUGGUGUCUUUUAGUCGCCUCGAUUUACCUUUUCGGCUUCGUCCUCUCCGUCAUUCUCGUCUUGGACACUUUCAGUAGCUCGUCAAAGAUUAUCGCCAACGCCACUUUUUAUUUGAUUUAUUACGUUCACUGCGAAAUGACUCUGAAUUGGAUCCAAGUUGAAAAUCUUUUGAUCAAGCACAAAAUUCAUCUGGGUAAAGUCUUGGUAGCUCAGUGCUGGACCAUUGUUAUUGCUACCUUAAUCAUGUCCCAUCUCGAAAAUGGCUGUUACAUCAUUAGUGCGGUAAUCGACGCUGAAAGCCUAUCCGAUACUAUUCACCUCUUCGUAAAUUUAGCGGGAAAAGGGACAGAUUUAAAUCCUUAUUUCGGUGACUAUAAGGAUAUCUACGGUUUUUUCCUCAUUUUUGUCGAGUCGUUGAGUGAAGUCGCUUGGAUCUCUGGCGAUUUGAUUAUUGCUUUAAUCUCAAUCAUCUGUCGUCGCUAUUACGAAGCGCUACAAGAGAAAUUGCUUUCCGAUAAUCAUCAUUCCUUCCGACAGCUGGAAGAGCUCCGGAAGUUACAACUGGCCAUUUCUACGUUGGUCCACAAAGUGGCUGAAGUUUUCUCGCCACUAAUUCUCAUAUCUGUCGGAUGCAACGUCGUUUACAUCCUUGCCUUUUUGUACUCCGGACUGGAGGCUGAUUUGUUCAGCCCAAGUUUUCUCGUCCGUCUCAUUUUCACCUAUUCUUUUAUCUACGUGGUUCUCAGACUAAUAUUCUCCGUUUUCUUGGCUAGUCGACUAAGCGAAAUGCCGGAGAAAACCAUCGACUACUUGUACAGUCUACCUUCGAUUGUUGGUUCCAACUCUGACGAGCAAAUGAUAAUGAUUGUACAAGAAAUUCAAAGUAAUCCAGUCAGUCUUGGUGGAAGUGGAUUCUUCGUUCUCUGCAAAUCAUCUGCAGCGGCAUUAUUCAGUUUAAUCGUGACGUACGAGGUCGUCAUGCUACAACUGCCACGCUAA